AUGCAGAAUUUCGUACCCUAUCACGUUGGUUGUCAACACGUAUCAAGAGAGGCCAUUCUUGCUCAACAUCAAACGACGGUGGCAACAGAACUUCUUACCAAUGGUCGAGACCAAGUUGUUCUUAUUGCAGAUGGAACUUACUUUUUCUGUCAAAAAUCAUCAAAUAAUGAUUUUCAACGGCGCACAUACAGUCAGCACAAACACCGGCAUCUUGGGAAGCCUAUGAUUAUCACUGCUAGUGAUGGUUAUAUCAUCAGUUCCUUAGGGCCGUUUUUUACGGAUUCAUUAAACAACGAUGCAGCUAUUCUGAAACACUGUAUGCUUAACAAUGAACAAGAGGUGUUGUCUUGGCUUCGCGAUAACGACGUACUGGUAUUAGAUCGUGGGUUUCGUAAUACUGUUAACACACUAAAUCGACUUGGUCUUCAAGUUGCUAUGCCUGGUUUUCUACACAAUAAAAAGCAGCUCCCUGCUGAUGAAGCUAAUCGAACUCGAUUCGUUACGAAGAACCGAUGGGUUAUUGAAAGCGUAAAUGGAAAGAUAAAACAGUGGAAAUUCAUGGCUCAAAUCAUUCAAAACUCGACCAUACGGUUUAUCAGUGACUAUUUAGAUAUUAUUUGUGCGCUUAUUAACAAGUGCCAAUGCCCAGCUGUGAAAGACAUUGAGAAUGGCAGAGAAAUUGCAAUGAAGAUGCACGAAAUGCUAACAACUGAAAAUCGGUUACAGGAAAGGCUUGCGAAACACACUGGUACAACAUCACUACAUUGGUCAAAGCACAACGCUGCCAAUUUUCAAUUUCCACCACUGACCGAAGAAAACAUUCGUGAUCUUACAUUUGGUAACAUCAGACUAAUCACUUUUAGUUUUUGGACUUUGUCUCGCAAAGAAGACAUGGACAAAACAUGGUUACAAUGA